AACAGACAGAUGGUUGUAAUAGCAGAUGAAGGCCUGCAGGCGGCGCUCUUCGCACAUCUCUCAAACCUUCAGCUUCAUCCAAACCUCGUUACAGGAAAAGUCCAGCUGAUCGGAGACUGUUUGCGGCAACUACGAUGAUAAAACUCAACAUUUAUCAAAUCUAAUAUUCUCUACUCUGGGCUGGACUUCAUCUGGACGCCCCGUACACGACUGAGGUUAAAUGGCGAAAUCCUAUGAGUUCAGCUGGAGAAGACCCGUUCCUCUCUUCAUGCAGCAGGGAGCUUGUUUUGACAGAUUUGAGGAGGAUCCGUUUGUCUUUGAAUCAAACUGUUUCUUCAGAGUUGAUGCUUUUGGGUUUUUUCUCACAUGGGAAAGUGAUGGAAAGGAGGGUCAGGUUCUGGAAUGUUCUCUCAUCAACCGUGUGUGUGAAGCUAAUGUACCAAAGGACUCAAAGCUUGUGUCAGCUCUGGAGACGUCAGCGAGAUGUUCCAGUAAUCUGCAGGACAGAAUCAUGUGUGUGUGCAGCGGAACAGAUCUGCUUAACCUGAACUUCAUGCACAUCAUCACACACGACUCAAACACGGCGAAGCAUUGGACAGAUGGUUUACGCUCAUUGAUUCAUAACACACGAGCCAAUAACGUUUGUCAGAUGACCUGUCUAAGAAAACAUUGGAUGCGAUUGUCAUUUUUGACAAACGUGAAUAGGAAAAUCCCCGUCAGGAGCAUCACAAGAACGUUUGCUUCAGGAAAAACUGAGAAGGUUAUUUUCCAAGCGCUCAAAGAUCUGGGUUUACCCAGCGGAAAGAACGAUGAAAUUGAUCCGGAAAUCUUCACUUUUGAGAAUUUCUACAGUCUUACACAGAAGAUUUGUCCCAGAACUGAUAUAGAAAGUCUGUUCAAGAAACUUACUGGAGACAGAAGUGAUUUUUUAAGUGUGGACCAGUUAGUGCACUUUCUGAACGAAAACCAGCGAGAUCCACGUCUGAACGAGAUUUUAUUUCCCUUCUGCGACUCGAAACGUGCUUUACAAAUCAUCGAGCGACACGAACCCGAUGAGAAACUCAGAAGAAAAGGUGUGAUGUCCUGUGACGGCUUCUGUCGGUAUCUGACGUCUGAUGAAAAUGCUCCGGUGUUUCUGGACCGCUUGGAGGUUUAUCAGGAGAUGGAUCAUCCUCUGUCUCAUUACUUCAUCAACUCGUCUCACAACACUUACCUGACCGGACGACAGUUUGGAGGAAGAUCUUCAGUCGAGAUGUACAGACAAGUGCUGCUGUCCGGCUGCAGGUGUGUUGAGUUGGACUGUUGGGAUGGUAAAGGUGAAGAUCAGGAUCCCAUCAUCACACACGGGAAAGCCAUGUGUACAGAUGUGCUCUUCAAGGAUGUUAUUCAGGGAAUUAAAGAAACCGCCUUCAUAACAUCUGGUUAUCCUGUGAUAUUGUCCUUUGAGAAUCACUGCACGAAACCUCAGCAGUAUAAGCUGGCUCGAUACUGUGAGGAGAUCUUUGGAGAUUUGCUCCUAAAACAACCGCCGGAUGACUCCCCGCUGGAGCCCGGCCGUCCGCUGCCAUCGCCCAAUGAUCUCAAAGGAAAGAUUCUCAUCAAGAACAGACGAUUAAAACCAGAAGUGGAAAAGAAGCAGUUGGAUCACUGGAGGAAACACAUGGAGGCCGGAGAGCCGAGCGUCUCCACAAACAUCUCUGAAGACGAGACGGAGGAGGACAUGUCCACCGAGCUGUUAGAUGAAGCUCAUCCUGAACGGAUUCAGGGAUGUUUGACGAGUGAAGAAGAGCAUCAGGACGAAGAGCCGCUCACAGUCACGAAGAUUUCACAGUCCGGAGAAACAAACGUGGCCGAUGAACUCGCUUUGAUUCAGUCGUACACGUACGUCGCUGCAACCACAAAUAUUCACCCGUAUCUCUCCAACAUGGUGAACUACGCCCAGGCCGUGAAGUUCCUCGGUUUCACUGAAGCUGAGGAGAAAAACAUCCAUCACAACAUGUCGUCCUUCAAUGAAUCCGUGGGGUUGGGCUAUUUAAGAACGAACGCCAUUGAAUUUGUGAACUACAACAAACAACAGAUGAGUCGAAUCUACCCCAAAGGAGGUCGAGUGGACUCCAGUAAUUAUAUACCUCAGAUUUUCUGGAACGCUGGAUGCCAGAUGGUUUCUCUGAACUUCCAGACCCCAGAUUUGGCCAUGCAGCUGAAUCAGGGGAAGUUUGAAUACAACGGCUCGUGUGGGUAUCUCCUGAAGCCGGAUUUCAUGCGCCGGCCGGAUCGCAUGUUUGACCCGUUUUCUGAGACGCCUGUGGAUGGAGUGAUCGCAGCCGCCUGCAGCGUUCAGGUCAUAUCAGGUCAGUUUCUGUCUGAUAAGAAGAUCGGCACGUAUGUGGAAGUGGACAUGUAUGGGCUGCCCACAGACACCAUACGCAAAGAGUUUCGCACGAGAAUGGUGAUGAACAACGGUCUGAAUCCGGUGUAUGACGCCGAACCCUUCGUCUUCAGAAAGGUUAUCCUCCCAGACCUGGCGGUCCUCAGAGUGGCUGUGUAUGAUGAUAACAAUAAACUGAUCGGACAGAGAAUCCUGCCGCUGGACGGACUGCAGUCGGGUUACAGACACAUCUCUCUGAGAAAUGAAUAUAACAAACCCCUGUCUCUGGCCACCGUCGUCUGUAACAUCAUCCUCAAAACAUACGUGCCCGAUGGCUUCGGAGCUAUUGUAGAUGCUCUGUCUGAUCCCAAAAAACAUGUAUCCAUCGGUGAGAAAAGAACGGAUCAGAUGAGAGCCAUGGGCAUCGAGACGUCAGAUAUCGCUGAUGUGCCGAAUGACGGAUGUAAGAGAAAUAACAAACACAAGAUGAAUCCGGCUGUCAUGAUGUCACAGAAAGACUCGGAGAGACAGAAAUCACCUGAUUCAAAAGAGGACACAUGGAUGCUGACGCCACCGCUGACCAUCGAUGACCUGAAGCAGAUGAAGACAUACUUAAAACUAGUCAAGAAGCAGCAGAAGGAGACGAACGCUUUGAAGAAGAAGCAGGCGAAGACACUCGCCGCUCUGCGGAGCUCCCACGGCGCUCGCAUGGACAGAAUUCAUGCUCAACAUGAUAAAGAGAAAGAAACUCUGGAGAAACAACUCCUGAAGAACAGCAAGAAAUCUCUCACCGAGACUAACAGCUAUGACACGAGGAGAGACAUUGAACUGAAGACUUUGAGCACAAAUCACAGAACACAGGUGAAGGACACGGUCGACGCUCACACGGUCGAGACGACAGACAUGACCAAGCGACACACGACUGAAGAACAGAAAGUGAGAGAACAACACGCUGUUCAACAGUGUGAAGAACUUCACAAGCUGAUGCUGGAGGAACAAGAGCAACAAACACGAAGACUUUCUGUCGUCCAUGAGAGAGAAUGUAAAGAGAUGAGAAGAAAACAAGCUAAGAUGUCGAUGGAGAGCAGUAGAGCCAUCAGUCACGACAGACGCAUCAAGAUCAAAGCCGAGAGAGAACGAAGAGUUCGAGAGCUGAACAGCACAAACACCAGAAAGUUUCUUACAGAUAGAAAGAGGCUCGCCGUGAAACACUCGAAGGAGAUCGAGCUACUCCAGGCAGCUCAGCGAGAACAACACGAGAAACUGGAGAAACACAAUCAGGAGAUGUUGAAGUCGUGCGGUGUGAAAUCAUGGUGCUCAGGCCAAACAGACGUGGAACAUGAGGACGUCAACAUACUGCUGACCAAUCAGACGCAAGCUUGUCAACAAUUUAGAGAUGAUAACCACCACAGCACUCGCUUGUCACGGGCCGCGUGGAAGUAAAGUGAAGGGGAUUAAAUAAACAGCCGGCACGCCAUUGACAAGGUGAAAUUUCAGUUAAGACACAAGCACUUCAUCAUUAUUCCACUCGGCCGAUGAUUAUCAUCUGACAUUUUAACACACGCAAACACGUUGAUAUAUAUUCUGCCACUUUCUUGGCAAGAGGAGGAAGGCAAUCGUGCAAUUAUCACUUCAAGCAGUCCUUCAUUGAAGCGUUUCUUUGAUAGACUGACACCGUUUUCACCAAACCAGUAUAAGAGGCGGUCAAAUGAUACGCUGCGAUGAAACAACAGCUUCCACAGGACGGCCAUCAGUAAAAUAAUAGAGAAGAGCUGUAAAACACGAAGCUUUAAAAGAAAUGGCCUUUACGCCUUUUAAAAGGAUAAAAGCUGCUGGUUUAAAGGCUGUUUGAUGGAUGAUUUCACUUCUUCUCUUGAAGGUUAAACUCCUUCUGAAAGUUCGAGAUGUUGUUUCUGAAAGCUCAGAAAUGUGUGUGUGUGUUUGUAUAAAUGUGGACGCUGAUACCUGGAGGCUGAUUUUUAUUGAAACUCACAGAUGUCAAUUUCCUCACAAUACUGGUAACUGUUUAUCAUGCCUUCAUCGUUUAUUUAUAUUUAUUUAAAACAAUCUCAUUGUUUCACCCAGAGCAAAACUUUCAAUCCUAAUAUGAUAGUCAUAAAAAUAUAACUAAAAUUAUGAUCAUCUAAACAGAGAGUGAAACAAACAUGAACCAUUUCACUAUUAAUGGUGUAAAAUAAUUGUUAAGGAUGUUUUUAAACCGCUUUAAAAGGCUCGUUUGAGAUUUAGAACACAAAACAAUCCUAGUAAAGUAAAUCCUACGAGUUGCUUUUUACAGUGUGUGAUUUGGUCAAAUAGUGUAAAAAUGUGAACAAUAUUUUUCAACUGUGGACAUUUAAUAUACAUAAAAUGCUAACUAUGAAUAAAUAUCUGUUAAGUAGCUGUUCUGUAUUUAUCGUUUGUGAAAACAAAACACAGAUUACUUCACAUAUUGUAUAUCUGGACUUUUUGACAGUACUGUCAUAUGUGAACACAGAUAAGAAACACGUUUACAGUGAUUUAUAGUUCAGUCUUACAGUGAAUCUCUGUGAGUUUACAAGCAAAAAUGUGAAGAUUUUCUGUCCGGACUGAUUUGAUGUUUUAUGUACAUCUUAAUUCAAUUCGUUUAUUUGUCACAUACAGUUAUACACAUGCAAGUGAAUUUCAGGUCUGGUUAACUGUUCUUAAUAAGCAAUAGAGAAAGAGGUAGUAAAACAUGAAACAACAAUCAGCAACUAUAUUAUAAAACAUUAAACAAUUAAAAAAAUUAAAUUAAGCAAUUAAAAACAACAAUAGGAGUCUAAAUACAAAUUGGAAACGAAUAUAAGUAUAGAAAUAUAGAAUUACACUUGGAGUUUUGACUGUACAGUACGGUACUGAACACAUGCUGAAGAUCUCUCUAUCACAGGAAGAAACAACUUGAUAUGAACAGUAAAUCAAAUGAUCUCAUUGAAAUGAUUUCUGAUAGUCCCACAAUCAAGCGGAGAAAUGAAGGAAUCCUCCAUUAACAGCAGAUGGCAGAAGACGUCUUGAAGGCACUGAAGACGAGCGGCGUGUGAACGUGUUUGCUCUUCUUUACGGACGAGUGAACAUAAGCAGAUCUUUGUGGAAUGAAGAUUUGUGCUGUUUUCACAGCGGUAUACACAUGAACAUCAGUAACACUGCUGAAGAAUGUUAAACAGAUCAAACAUCAACCCCAGGGUCUGCAUCAGAUGAAGGAUCGGCCCCUGGGAUGAGUUUCAAACGCUGAAACUGAUGAAAAAAUAUUUCAUUAUCUCUCCUGACAUCACAAACAUGAUGUCAAGAGUUUUGUACUAUAACUCUUCUACAACUGAACUUAUAGGCAUAUAUAUAUAUAUACAUACUGGAUAUACAGUAUAUUGUGAGUUCACAGUUUUUUUUAUUUUUGAGUUGAUGAAAGUACAUUUUAAAGUAUACUCUCAGUAAAUUUUGUUUUGCAUCUGCCUGGCCGGGGGGCUGCUUUAGAAUUUUAAAGAUUUACUUAAUUAAUAUUGCAUAUAGGAAUUUAUAGUCUGUUAUAUUUGACCCGUGCUUCUCUCGCCUUUAUCUUAAAUGUGUGCUCUCACUGUGCGUGUGUGUGUGCGUGUGUGUCUUUGUAAAAAAAAACUGGAUGAGUAACAACUUUUUAUUACUGAACUCGGACAAAACAGAAGUGUUACUUAUUGGACCGAAAACUGCUAUAAGUAACAACCAAGAAUACUGUUUAACUAUUGACGGAUGUUCCAUAAAACCCUCGUCGUCAGCAAAGAAUCUUGGCGUUCUAUUCUAUUCGGAGUCACGUCGCCAACACCUGUAAAAUUGCGUUUUUCCAUCUUAAGAAUAUAUCUAAACUACGUCAUAUGCUGUCACUGUCAGAUGCAGAGAAGUUAAUUCAUGCAUUCAUGACAUCAAGACUAGAUUACUGUAAUGCACUGUUAGGUGGUUGCCCUGCAGGCUUAUUACAAAAACUCCAAUUGGUCCAAAACGCGGCAGCUCGAGUUCUUACACGUACAAAAAAGUAUGAACAUAUUAGCCCGGUUCUGUCAACCUUGCACUGGUUACCUAUAAAGCAUCGCGUUAACUUUAAAAUCUUGCUUAUUACCUAUAAAGCCUUACAUGGUUUAGCUCCUCAGUACUUGAAUGAACUCCUUUUGUAUUACAGUCCUUCACGUGCAUUACGCUCUCAGGCGUCCUGUCAGUUGGUAAUACCUAGAAUUUCAAAAUCAAGUGCAGGUGGUAGAUCCUUUUCCUAUCUAGCGCCUAAACUUUGGAAUAGUCUUCCCUGCACUGUCCGGGAGGCAGACACACUCUGUCAGUUUAAAUCUAGACUAAAGACGCAUCUUUUUAAUCUUGCAUACACUACUCUUCCAUAAUAUAAAUCUUCAGAGGGUUUAGGCUGCAUUAGUUAGAUCAACCGGAACCAAAAACACAACUGAUGUACUUGUUGCAUCAAAGAGUACAGAACAGUACUCUACUCUCAGCCAGUCUUGUCUCAUUGUUCCAAGGUUACCACAGCGAGCAGGAUGCAGUUCAUGGCCUGACCUGAUGGUAGAGCGGAGAAUGGGAAGUGGGGACCUGACAAGAGCUGAGAUGAUAGAG